AUGUCCUAUGAGCACCAAGCUACUGAGGAAAUGAAGAUCGUUCAGAUUAACCUAAAUCACUGCGAAGCGGCGCACCACCUGUUGAGCCAAGCCAUGCGUGAAGUCCAAGCUGACGUAGCGCUAAUAAGCGAGCCGUAUAAGAAAACCUCCGGGGCAGACUACAUACUGGACGGUACAAGAUGCGCCGCAAUCCUGAUCAACGGGACAAGGCGACCUGUGCCUGAAUUUUCGGCAGUUAUAGACGAGCUGGCUAACGACGCAAGAGGCGAGCGGAACGUGGUCAUCGCUGGUGACUUCAACGCCUGGGCAGAGGAGUGGGGCUCAGUCCACACGAACGCAAGAGGGCGAACCCUUCAGGAAGCCUUCGCGUCUAUGGACGUAGCUCUCCUGAACACGGGGACGGAGCACACCUUCAGUCGAGCUGGAGCAGGGUCGGUAGUAGACCUCACCUUCUGCAGUGGCUCGCUUUUCCAGCGCGCACAAUUGUCCGUCAGCAAUGUAUACACGGCAAGUGACCACGACAUCACCAGCAGAGGAUCCUUCACAGCCCCACCAGCGAAGAGGCACUUCAACCCAAAGACGCUCCAGCGGGACGCGUUCCUGAGGGAAUCUGGGAGCCCCGACAUCGCAAGCAUGAGGGUGUCGAGGAGCCACCGGGAACCAGUCUAUUGGUGGACCGACAAGAUCACGGAGGCUCGCAGAACCUGCCUUCGGGCAAGACGGCGGCAGCAAAGGGUGCACGGCCACCCCAACAACGUGAUUCUGAGGCAAGAAUACGCUGACAAUCGAAGGGCCUUAAAGAGGCUCAUCAAGCAGUCGAAGAGUAGAUGCUUCCUGGAGCUAUUCGAUUCAGCCGAGCAGGACCCUUGGGGAUCAGCUUAUAAAAUAGUGGUAAAAAAGUUAAGCCAGGCGAAACCACUGAAAACAGGCGACGCGGUCACGAUGACAGCGAUCGUGGAACAUCUGUUUCCAAUAGUGCCCUCGGAUCAGCAACCUCCUCACGCGGCUCCAGGAGACUUGUCGCAGAUAGCGCUCCGACCGGAUGAAAUCCGCGAGGUCGCAAAGGAUAUGCCUUCGGGGAAGGCGCCAGGGCCGGAAUCCCAGACAUCGCCGUCAAGCUUGGAAUGA